AUGACUGGAGCACAACAUGAAUUAUUGUGGACAAGCCUGAGUCGGAUCAGGAAGCUGUUAGCAGGAGGCUCUGAUUCUGCAGUCUUCAACAGAAUUCAAGCAAACUGCUCCAGACCUCAUGUGUUUCUGCAGAGGAAUUUGCGUCGAUGCAAGGAUCUGCUCUCCGUUCAGACCAACCUGUCCAUUACCAAAGCCAAACCACGGCAUCGUAAGAGGUCACGAUCUGUGGUCUGGCCGCCCGUUGCUGGCUGGCGAUUUUCUGUGAAAAGGAAGCCUUCCUUGAACAGCACAUUAUCUCAGCAGCUUUAUCCACUCGACCUUAGUGUCCGUGUGAAGCAGAAGGACAAACUUCUUGUAGAUGACAAGAUUUCAAGAUUAAAUGCAGAUUUGAAGCAGAACUCGGAUGUCUCUAGCAAACAGAGGACGACUAAUGUCCGGAGUAAAUCAAACAAGCAGGAAGUGUCUGAUGGCAUAGACGGAACGCGGCGGGUGCUGAAGUUUGAUGACACCCCUGAAACUGUUGCUGUGGAAACUGCGGAACAGAGGAAAAGCCCUCGGCAGAAGCACAACCGUGGAGAGAUUCGUGAAGCUCAGAAUGGUUUCCAGAAUGAGCAGCAGGAAGAGAUUUCUGAGGAUUCGGAUGGGUUCAGGACGCCCACAGAUCUGUUCAGCGUGAAGCCCAAGAUUAAACGAGGGAACCAGAAGAAAGUCUCUGCCUCUGGUAAACCUGCCGUACAGAAGCCCAACUUCAUGUCCAUGUUAGCCACACUGGUGAAGAAUCAGAACCAGAUUAUUAAGGAAUCCUGCAAAUGAGUCUCUUGAAAUUUUGUAAUUCUGUUAGUCAUUCAAGUUUUGCUAAUUCUGUUAAUAGAUCUCAUCUCUGACAAAAGUCUGCUGAUGUUUAUUUAUUGUUCAUUUGUUUGUGUUCUAACGUUAGCAUUUGCAUGAGUAAAUACGUCUUGCAUUAAAUGAUCAGUUUGUUUGUGUAUGCUGUUAACUCCACGGUGGCUUGAACUGCAGUUACUGUAAUAACCACAGAGCGGAGCUGUUUCCAAACAAACUUGCAUAUCUUCACUCGCUAUAUUCAGUCUUUAGUUUCUUAAACCAUUUUUAAUUAUUACAAUAUAUGACUUAAAAAAAAAUAGACUUUCUCACACUUUUAUCACAUUAACUUAACAUGAUGUUUUGACAUCUAUGAGUCUGUACAUAAUGCAGGACUUCCUGUUUUUCAGUAGAUCAGGGACAUUUUUUUUUA